UCAUGAAUAUACAAUCCAGUGGUUGAUAGCUGGAAAACAAGCUGAAAAGUAAAGAAAACUGAUCUUUUCGUGUUCAUAAUAUCAUUGCAGCAAAAACACUAACUGUCAUACGGUUAUCUGGUGGUGGAACAGAAGACUCUAGUGGUGAUAAAAGCCAAGUGAAAGCUGUUACCUGACGACUUAAAAAUGGUUUCCUCAACUGAUGUAUUAACACAACUGAUACAGGAUGCAGUUCUCAAACUUUGUACGCAGAACAUUGUCUUCAACACCUCACUAGAGAUAGAUGGCAUUAUAUGUGUUUCUCCAGGAGAGAAAGAGCGGGAAAUUGUUGUAAAAAUGCACAGAACCAUUAUGAAACCAGCUGAAUCUCAAGGUAUUCAACAAAGUUGGUCACCUCAAGUAGACAUUGAAGCAUCUUCUGAUUAUUGUAGUAAUCAAAGCUCCAGAAAGUUGCCAUAUAAACCCUCUCAUGACCCUGCACAGAGGAACAGAGAGUUUACUAACAGAGAAAAUAGACUUGUAGCUAUAGUAUCAACAGCUCAAACUCCUAAUCAAUAUCUCUACAAUUCUCAGACACCUGUUAACUCUCCUUUGCCUACUGCCACACAAGUUACACCAGGAGGAAGGAUUGAAGCUAUAGGAGGGUUAACAAUAAAAGAGGAAUCAUCACUUUCUCCUGGAGCCAUUAAGCGGUCUCUAUCAGAUUAUAUAACACAAGAUACUCCUACAUGUAAACCAAUUCAUAAACAUGCCAGACUCGACACUAACACUACUGGCAUUGAUAAUCAACAUAUAGGUCCUCAUGAUGAAAGUGCAAUUUUGGACACUGUCAAUAUUAAACAAGAAGAGCCUAUAACCAUAGAGCUAGAUGAGGGAGAGAAGGAAGGGGGAUAUGAUGAGGAGUCUACUGAAGGUGCAAGUUGGAUGCAGGGAGACAGCUCAAUAGAUGACAUGCCAGAUCAAAACCAAGAUGAGCAAUGGUUAGCAGGUAGGCAACAUUGUGUUCGAACAGUGCAGGAGCAGCAGUCUUCAACAUUGAAACAUUGUGAUAGUGGAACAUUGCAUGAGGCUACAACAUUUACCUCAACCAGUAUUAGACUAGGCAGCUAUAGUUGGAUCUUUAGAAGCAGCCAAUCCAGAUCUGAAGCUACAUAAAACCUACAUGAAAACCAUUCUAUCCCAGAAUCUUCCAAAUUGCCUUGUGGGAAACAAUUACCAACAUUCAGCAGAAUUGAAGUUCAGAUGCAGCAUCUGUAGUAAGACAUUCAAGAACAAAGCUAACUUAGAUGGCCAUAUUAGGAUCCAUACUGGGGAGAAACCUUUCCAGUGUGAACUCUGCCUGAAACGCUUCACUCAGCAUGGGAGUUUACAUAAUCAUAGGAAGACUCAUAAGAAAGAUAUGCUGUGAUACUUUAGGG